AUGCCCGCAUAUCGCACUCGCGACACACGACCCCUCGCGGACGCCCUGGAGGCCCCGACGCACGCUCAUUCCCGCGCCAACUCGCCCUUCGAGCCGGACCUCAGGACCCUCACGCUCACUCCCCCGUCGCCGACGACCUCGACCUCCUCCGCCGGCGACGCGACAUACCGCCCGACGCCGCCACCGCCCGCACCCAAGCCUCGCCGCCGCCGCGGUGCAGCGGACGACAACGUCCCGCGCCCGAAGAAGGGCGACGCCUCGUACGUGAAGCGCCCGGAGAACGCGUUCAUCCUGUUCCGCCGCGCAUGCUGCGAGGAGCGCAACGCACAAGAAGCCCAGCUCGUGGGCCCCGCACCGAAGCGGCAGCGCCAGGCCGAUCUCAGCAAGGCGAUCUCUCAGCAGUGGAAGGAUCUGAGCCCUGAGGAGAGGGAGGUUUGGGAGGCCAAGGCGCGCGAGAGGAAGGCGGAGCACGCGGCGCUGCACCCGGAUUAUGUGUACAGGCCGCAGAGGACGAAGAAGGGCAAGGCGCGCCAGCAGGGCGACGACAUCACGUUCACGGUGCCCGCUCCCGCUCCCCAGUCCGUGCAGCAGGACAGCCGCACGCCCACGCCGCCGCCCGCGACGCAGACGGUCGUCAUCCCGAACCUGUUCAUGCCCACGCCCACCCAAGCGCCCGCAAACGCGCAGGCUGGAGAGAUCGAGCCGGACUGGAGCUUCCCCGCGUACGUGCCCGACGACGCGGCGCCGCAGUUCACGAAGCCCGAGGGCUGGAGGCCCGAAGUGCACACCCAGUCUUCGCCCGUGUACGAGCCCGCGUACGGCGCGCCCGCCGAGCCCGCGUUCCAGCCCGAGCCCGCGUUCGCUUACCCCGUCGACGCCAACGGGAUGUUCAACCCCGGCGCCUCCUUCUCCAUGUCGUCAUCGGGCGCCCCCUCGCCGCGCACCGGGCCCUACACGCCCAACAUGGUCUCGCGCCCGCUCGAGGGCGAGGCACCGAUGCCGCUCGACAUCCACUCCGGUGGGAACAUGUGGACGGCGGCGUCGCUGCAGAGCCAGCCGUGGGACCAGACGCCGAGCGCGUGGGCGUGGGGCGCGGGCGCGGGCGCGAUGUUCGACGAGCACUUCGAGCUGAGCAUGAUCCCGCCCGUCGCGCUCGACAUCCCCAAGUUCGAGCUCGAGCAGCAGAGCAAGUACGACUCCUCUGCCGUGGACCCCGCGCUGCUGCACACGCCCUACGUCCAGCACGAGGAGGAGCAGCAGCCGCAGUGGACGCAGGAGAACACGUGGGUGUUCGGGUACGACGCUGGCCUGGCGGCUUGA